AUUUCGGCGGAACAGGAACCUAUUUCUUUGCUCGUUAGUCACGAAUAACACGCUACACUUAUGUUUAUUUGAUUCUUUAGGUAAAUUAAGUAUUCCAUGAUCUCUGUAUAACUGUAAUCGAGUGUUCGUUUUAAAGACGGCAGUGAAUUUCAAAGAAAGUGAACUAGUGAGUGGAUAUACAUUACGGAAGAAGUGUGAUUUUUAUUGAACAUGGAGAUUCCGUGGUUUCUUUUCUUCGUCUGGUGUACCACGCUUGUUACUGGAUUCGAUCUCGGACCGAUCGUCAGAAUUGCUCAGUGCAGAUCGCAAUGUUUGAAGAAGCAUACCACUGAUGGUACCUGCGAUUGGUACACGGGAAAACAACAAACUACUUGUAGCAUGUGCUGGCAGUACUGCGAGGCCCUCGAGAACCGGUGGGAGAAGACAAGAACCAUUUGCGAGGGCGACCAGUAUCUACAUUGUCCAGCUUGCCAGACAGUGUGUACUUAUCGAAAAACUAGAAUAGAAGAGAAGUAUCUACCAUCCAUGUUGCCAGCACCGAGUAAGGCACCCAUCAUCCUGGACAGAUUCGACGUUGCUGUAGUGAUGCGCAAGCUUUACAAGCAAUGGAGAGUUGCUGGAUACUAUCCAGGGGAACGUAUUCCGAAUCUAAGACCGGAUACCUGGAUUGUAGUCGCCAUGGAGAACGGCAUGAAGCAUUACAGUUGGCAAGAAUGGAUUCCGAAGUUGGAAUCUCUGAAAGAAGGACCUUUGUACGAGGCAACGAUCUCAUGGAAAGAUGUCCAGACUCAGCUUCAGAAACAGAGAUAUUUAGAACAGGUCAGAUUCAACAACCGUGUGAGACAAUUCUUUCUAGAAAAGUACGGAGAAAAGGUACUAGCGGAGUGGAGAAGCCAGGAAGAUUCUCCAAUGUCCGAUGAAAUAUUUCGAAGAUUCUUCUUCAGAAGGAAAGACGAUCGUUCCGAUGAUUUGGAAGCGGACAACACUCCUUCCACGAGCAAUGCUUAUAACGAUAGGACCGAUAAGGAUCAUAUAGGAAACAAGGAAUCUUAUGUGGUUUCUUGGGAACCCGAGACUGGUGGUCUUAUGGGAAAUCAAGUGACGGACUCGAAUUCCGCACAGAUUUCUCUUUUGCCUGGGACAAAGUACCUCGUCAGGAUCGCUUCGAACGACGGACCCGGUAGCUUCCCCAUUGAAGUGGAUACGAGACCUAAUUGCGUUGAAGCUAAAAGGAUAGAUCAACCGACCCAGGAAUUAUAUCCUUGGGAUAUCUUCUUUGCUUGCGGUAGUGUUGCUUUUUUGAUAAUCAGUCUCGUCUUCAUGAAGGUUUACAGGAAGGGCAAGAGCGUCGUGCCUGAAAAAGUCUGAAGAUGAAUUCAUCUUGCUUCGAGGAUAGACGAAUGUUGAUGAAGCAUCGUCGACCAUGAUAACAAACUUAAGAACGUGUUUGCUCUGACAGGACCGAAUCCUUCUCUAAAUGGAGGAAACGAUGUGGAAGGAUAAUCAGUGGAUUCUCACUGUUCCAAUACCGACAAUUGAACCCGUCGAAUGGAGUUUUAUCGAUGCGUUACACUCCAAACGGCGAUACGAUUUAAUUAAUUAACAAUGUAAAUUCUAUGUCUGUGUAGAUAUAAGGUCGAAUGUCUUGAAAAAGAAACACAACCGAGUUAAGUAUUAUGUAAAAUAGUUUUUAAAGCGUGUGCAUGUCGUUGUGAGUGUUACGAUUCCGCAACUACGACGAUUGCAUCUUUGCAAAUGUCGACGAGGAAAUGUACAAAAGAUCUAGCUAUUUUUUUAUAUGUAGUAGAAUACUAAUUAAAUAACUUCUUGCUCAAUACGCAACGAACAGACUGUAAAAAAGUUCCUAACGACGAGAAACAAAAAUCGCGCCGAUUGAGGUGCCAAUUUCUGUAUUUAUUUGUAAAUAAUAGCUCAGAAGCUUGUACAUAAACUUUAAAAAAUAAAUAAACUACUUCUAGAAAGA